CUUUGAUUCUUCCACCUCAUAUCGUCCUCCUUCACUCGGCAAGUUUUCUCUAGAUUCGCUACAGCAGGUCCAUUGCGCCUUUCACCAUGGCGAUUUUGGAGACCGCGGCCGCCACCACCACCACAGCCCUAGGCACAUCUACAUACGCAUCACCCCUUCCCUUGACCACGACCUUCACACCUCCCAGCGCAUGUCUCAACGAGCUCUGGCGAGCCGAAAGCAGCAGCAGCAUUUGGAUGAACCUUGGCCCUAUCAACACCACCGAGUGUUUGCCGUCGGGUUGGUCCCCGGCCGCGUUCACGUAUUUCUCCCCGGGAAUCUGCCCCAGCGGCUGGCUGGUUGCGGCCAGCUCCACAAUCAUUGCCGAUGAGGUGACCCAAACUGUCGGAACAUGUUGUCCGCAAUUGAUUUCAGGACCCGAAACGUGGACGUUUUCGACGCGACCGCAUACCUCAUUCUCCUGGCCGUGGUACUACACCGAGAUUUGCCAGUGGUCACCACAGUCCAAAAUCGAAUAUUACUUCACAUAUACAACGGAAAACGGCAGCACAACUGGCACGACUAGUGAGCUGUCUGCUAUGACAGCUGGGGGGGUCUGGAAUGCGUACGGUAUCGUGAUUCGCUGGCAAUCGAGUGAUGCAGUCCCUUCUGCGACCACCGUGUCUACGAGUUCAGCCACGACACAAACAGCCACUGAGCAACCAUCAGAAACACACGCAACCCUGUCAUCUGGCGCAAAGGCAGGCAUUGGAGUUAGUGUUUCGAUUGCGGGUAUCUUGAUUAUCUGCGCCCUUGCAUUUCUGUUCCUGCGUCGUCGCAAGCGCACUGCCGAUAUGUCCAUGAUACCACCGGCACCAGCUGAUCUGAUGAAAAAGUCUCCAGCAGACAUGCAACCUGCAGAAUUAGCCUCGGCAGGUUUGUUUGAAUCGAGCGGAUCGCCUAUCCAGGAGUUACCCGGGCAUGCGGUUUCUCAUCCCAUUCAUACCGGACCUUACUCUUGAAGCGCACUAGGAUUGAAUCGUGAC